CUGGCUGCCGGCAGGGGCGGAGCAGAGCAGCAGCGCUGUGGGCAGCAUGGCGGCCGCCACGGCUGCGUGCGGGAUGCGGCCUGUAUCGUCCCCCCGUCUGCUGAGGGCGGUGGGGGCCCGCGGCGGGCUGCUAUGGCCGCGGGGCGGGAGGGCAGCGGCGGCGGGCUGGAGCCGGCCGGAGCCCGGCGGAGAAGCGCAGUACUGCGCAGAGCUGCUGCGAAAGCGUGACUAUGAAGGGUUCCUGUGUUCUCUGCUGUUGCCUGCUGAAUCUCGAAGCUCUGCUUUUGCCUUGAGAGCCUUCAAUGUGGAACUGGCUCAGAUUAAAGACUCCAUAACUCAGAAGACUACGGGUUUGAUGCGAAUGCAGUUCUGGAGGAAAGCUGUGGAAGAUAUAUACUGCGAUAACCCACCGCAUCAGCCAGUUGCUGUAGCACUGUGGAGAGCAGUUAAGAGGCAUAGCUUGUCUAAAAUGUGGUUCAUUAAGAUCAUUGAUGAAAGAGAGAAGAAUCUGGAUGACAGAGCAUACCGUAACAUCCAGGAGCUUGAAACAUACGCUGAGAACACUCAGAGUGCUCUCUUAUACCUCACGCUGGAAAUGCUGGGUGUGAGGGAUGUCCAUGCUGACCAUGCUGCCAGUCACAUUGGGAAAGCACAGGGCAUCGUUACCUGUUUGAGAGCUACUCCGUAUCACUGUACAAGGAGAAAGGUCUUUCUGCCCAUGGACAUUUGUAUGCUGCAUGGAGUUUCACAAGAGGAUUUCAUAAGAUGCAAGCAAGAGAAAAAUGUGAGAGAUGUAAUUUAUGACAUUGCCAGCCAGGCCCAUAUUCACCUCGAACAUGCUAGGUCUUUCAGUAAGAAAGUUCCUGCGAAGGCAUACCCUGCUUUUUACUAUACGGUUGCUUUAGAUGAUUAUUUAUAUAACAUGCGGAAAGUGGACUUCAAUAUAUUUCAUCCAAGCUUACAAAAGAGGAAUACGCUAUUGCCGUUGUACUUAUAUAUUAGAACUUGGAAGAAAACAUAUUAAAAUUUUCUUAAUAUAAAGUUCA